UAUCUACCGCUCUGGCCUAGCCUACUUCUGAGGCAGACAUGACUUACGCAAACGUUUGACUUCUACGUCAUAGACGGUCAACAUUCGGUCGCCUUUAUGAUGAGCCCCUAUGGACCUAACGUAACUGAAAUGUUCACCAGAACAUUACCAUUUCCUCUGAACCCCACAAGUGUCAAGCACUGUUCAGCGUCUACUUGUCGGAAAGAGAAUCUACUGAAAUAUCUUCGCAAGCUUCAGGGGGUAGGCACAAUGUUACACAGGUUCACAUUGUGGAUGCCAUCAAGGGCUCCAUUCCCUGCCUGAGCACCUGAGCUGAGCCCCCAGCCAGGUCCCAGGACAUGGGGAACACGGUGAGUUGUUGUUUUCGUCCAAAUCCUCGGGACCGCCGGGAGGAUCAGGAGGAAGGGCAGCGGUUGCAUGAGGACAUUCAGACCCAGCAGACCUCUGUAAAAACAUUGGAGGGUGGUUCAGUAGGCGCUACCAGGGCAGAUAGCUCUGACUCACCAUUGCUCACUAAUGACGAGGGCACUGGCCAGUCAAAACCAGGCCUGCCACUGGAGAUCUCACAACAGGAGAAGCCUACUGAAUCCGCAGUUGUCACCAACGUCCGUGUGGAUGCAGCUUCUGCUGUGGACAAGAGUGUGCUCCUAUAUCAACAGGAGGUAGCUGCUGCAGGACUGGUGUCAGAAGUUUUGACAAAGGCCACUGAGAUUGUGGCCGUAUCGAUGGAGAAGCCAGAGUCCCUGGAUCCUGUCACCAUACCAGCUGUAAAGCUGGAGAACCGGCUGGUUCAGAAUCCCUCGGCUGAGGAAGUGGUGUACGAGGCUCCAAAGGGAGUUUCUCUUGAGAUCGAUGCCCAGCUGGACAUCUGUGGACACCAGGUACUGCUUGAGAAGCCUACUGCAUCUGCAGUUGUCACCAACGUCCGUGUGGAUGCAGCCUCUGCUGUGGACAAGAGUGUGCUCCUAUAUCAACAGGAGGUAGCUGCUGCAGGACUGGUGUCAGAAGUUUUGACAAAGGCCACUGAGAUUGUGGCCGUAUCGAUGGAGAAGCCAAAGUCCCUGGAUCCUGUCACCAUACCAGCUGUAAAGCUGGAGAACCGGCUGGUUCAGAAUCCCUCGGCUGAGGAAGUGGUGUACGAGGCUCCAAAGGGAGUUUCUCUUGAGAUCGAUGCCCAGCUGGACAUCUGUGGACACCAGGUACUGCUUGAGAAGCCUACUGCAUCUGCAGUUGUCACCAACGUCCGUGUGGAUGCAGCCUCUGCUGUGGACAAGAGUGUGCUCCUAUAUCAACAGGAGGUAGCUGCUGCAGGACUGGUGUCAGAAGUUUUGACAAAGGCCACUGAGAUUGUGGCCGUAUCGAUGGAGAAGCCAAAGUCCCUGGAUCCUGUCACCAUACCAGCUGUAAAGCUGGAGAACCGGCUGGUUCAGAAUCCCUCGGCUGAGGAAGUGGUGUACGAGGCUCCAAAGGGAGUUUCUCUUGAGAUCGAUGCCCAGCUGGACAUCUGUGGACACCAGGUACUGCUUGAGAAGCCUACUGCAUCUGCAGUUGUCACCAACGUCCGUGUGGAUGCAGCCUCUGCUGUGGACAAGAGUGUGCUCCUAUAUCAACAGGAGGUAGCUGCUGCAGGACUGGUGUCAGAAGUUUUGACAAAGGCCACUGAGAUUGUGGCCGUAUCGAUGGAGAAGCCAAAGUCCCUGGAUCCUGUCACCAUACCAGCUGUAAAGCUGGAGAACCGGCUGGUUCAGAAUCCCUCGGCUGAGGAAGUGGUGUACGAGGCUCCAAAGGGAGUUUCUCUUGAGAUCGAUGCCCAGCUGGACAUCUGUGGACACCAGGUACUGUUUUAUCCUUCUGCAGUUGGGGAUUACAAACAGGACGUCCCACUGCACAGCAGUGAGGGUGAGCGGUUGCUCACCCCCGCCAUGCUUGGCACAGGUUUCCCCUUGAACGAUGCCAAGCUUGCUGAGACUGUCUUGCAGCACAGGAGUGAUCGUGAUCACUUGUUCAGCAUGGAGCGACAGCAACCUGAGAGUGGCCUUGAGCUCUACUCUGCUCCCGGUGAUGCUUCUGCAAGAGGCUCUGCUGCAGCCUCUGCCCCUCAGGAUGUGGUGUUUGGCCUGAGCGCUGAGUUUUCACUGGGUGACCGGUUGAGAGAUGGAUGGCUGGAUGAGAGACCUGGAAGCACUGGCAGCUGGAGCCCGCUGUCAGUUGGGAGUGAGGCCUGGUUUACUUGUGAAGAAGAUCUCUAUUAUAGCGAGGAGGAGAUUGAGAAUGUGUCGGAGAGGCAAGGUCUCAUGGACAUUACUGAACAGGGCCGAUGUGGCUUUGGGCCGCCCGUGGCCAUUUCAAUUUACAGUGAGAGGGAAUUGAAAGGGCAGUCCACCAAGAGCAUCAUCAUUAGAAAGGGCUACGCCGUGCUCUCCCAGAGCUUUGGGUUCCUCCGGCGGGUCAGAGGAGACAACUACUGUGCCCUGCGAGCCUCCUUGUACCAGGCGCUGAUGCGCUCUACCAAGCUUCCUGGCUGGCUGAAGCAGAAGAGCAUCUUAUUGAUCCCUGAAGAGCUUGAGUCUCAUUACGGUCUGAUUAAAGGCUGGUUGUUUCCUGAUACAUGCAAGUACACGACUGGGAUCGGAAAUGCUGUGGAUCUGAUGAAACACUAUCUGGGCCUUCUUCAGAAAUGGUGGCGUGCGGCGGCAGUCUUUCCUGGCCUUGAAUGUCGCAGGAGUGUGUGUGAGCAGCUCUUUCAGGGCGGAGAAGACGAGUUUGGUGUCAUGGAGGCACUCAAGCUCCUUAUGCUAGCCCACGCCGUGGACUUGCAUGCUGCCGUGCAGAGGGGCGACACCGUGCCAAUCUUCUGCUGGCUGCUAUUCGCCCGCAGUAGCUCCUCGUGCCCACGCUCGUACCUUGCCAACCACCUGAGUCAGGUGGGCUUCAGUAGAGGCAUGGAGCAGGUGGACAUGUUCCUCCUGGGUUGCGCAAUGCGCCACACCAUCAAGGUCUACCGCCUCCACAUGGCCGAAACAGAGGAGUUCAUCUCAUAUUACCCAGAUGACAGCAUUCAGGACGGACCCUGUGUCUGCCUGAUAACCGAGGACGACCGUCAUUAUAACAUGGCUUUUGGCAACCCUGCCUGUCCUGAACAGGACCUCUCUGUAGAACCUGACUGAUUGUUGACUCAAGUGACCAGGGUCCAAUCAUGGCCAGCUCGGGAUACUAUUUCACACAUUUUUAAGCUUAACCUACUUAAAUAUAUCAUUUUCUCAGCAUCAUA